GGGGAGUGUCUGAGCAGCUCGUCGGAUGUGAAUAACCGCAGACACUGAAGCCAAGAACAGCAUCUGCAUGAACAAUGAACCGGCGGACCUGGGAGGGAAUCGUUUGGUGAAACGGACAUUAAGUGGACGUAUGAGGCGUGCGGGGGAGAUGGGAAUUCACAAGAGCCGUGAUUUGCUGGAUAUCAGUGGCGGGAAUGACCUCUAACGGCACAGGGAAUUAGGAAUUUCUACUUUGUUGUCUGCAAAGUCAAUCCUCCCGUAGAGUGAUGUGCUGGCUGGCCUGUGUUUGGUUGUUGAACAUUAACAGCAGGCCGAGCAUUUUAUACCUUAAGUAGCCUUAUUGUCUCCAUUUAUUUAUUUAAUUAGCUGGCCAUUGAAUGGCCUCUAUUUAUUUAUUUUUUUUCAAAUUGUCGAAUACUUGCAGCACGAUUUUAAUACAGAUUUUCUUCUUAAUGCACGUUAUUAAACGACUGCCUCAAAUUGACGUGCUGAGAUCACAGAGGUGAUUUUUAAUUAUAGCAGAUCAGCCUUUUUGCAUCGUCCUUUAGUGAAAUACUAAUGCCAUGAUCUACUUGGUGUCAUGAGUUGGCCAUCUGUCGUGGAAACCUGCUUAAACCUGCAAGCAGAUUAAUCGAGGUGAAAGGAUUUAAAGGCACCAGUCAGGACGUUUCUGUGCCAGAACUCUGCUGCGCUUCCUGCUGAAGGAGGAUGCUCUUGGCCACAGUCGGCUCAUUGGAGGAGAGAGACGAGGAGCAGGAGGACGAAGGUGAAGAAGAGUUGAGGGAUGGAGGGGUGCCUUUCUACGUGAACAGAAGUGGCUUCCCGGUGGAUGAGGAGACUUGGGAAAGGAUGUGGCGCCAUGUAGCUCGAAUCCAUCCCAGCAGUGAAGCACUGAUGAAGGAGAUAAGGGGUGCCACUGACCUGCCCAAGAUUCCAAUACCAAGUGUGCCUACAUACCAGCCUACCACCACUAUCCCGCAGCGCCUGGAAGCCAUACAGAAGUACAUCAGGGAAUUGCAGUACAAUCACACAGGAACGCAGUUUUUUGAGAUAAAGAAAAGCCGACCUCUUACUGCGUUAAUGGACAUUGCUAAGGAGAUGACACGGGAGGCUCUGCCAAUCAAAUGUCUAGAGGCGGUGAUCUUGGGAAUUUACCUCACCAACAGCAUGCCCGGUGUGGAGCGCUUCCCCCUCAGCUUUAAAUCUCAGUUCUCAGGGAACCACUUCCACCACAUUGUGCUGGGAGUUCACAGUGGGGGGCGCUUUGGUGCGCUGGGCAUGAGCCGAAGAGAGGACCUCAUGUUUAAGCCCCUGGAAUUCCGAACACUGAUGGACUUGGUUCAGGAAUUUGAAGGAGCCUACAGGGGCUACUGGCACACCCUACGAAAAGUCAAGAUCGGCCAGUACGUGUCCCACGACCCUCACAGCGUGGAGCAGAUAGAGUGGAAACAUUCGAUACUUGAUGUUGACAAGCUCACCAAGGAGGAGCUACGGAAGGAGCUGGAGAGACAUACUCGAGACAUGAGGCUAAAGAUAGGAAAGCCUGCACCGCCCUCUCCCACCAAAGAUAGGAGAAACAGCAUGGGUUCACCCCUCAGAGGACCAGGCAGCCCCAUGCGGAGGAUCAGCCGUGUUGAGAGGCGCCCCUCUGGAGACAAGAAGGUUUUGGAACAAAAAUCCUCAACAGAUAUGAACGGAUAUCAGAUUCGAGUCUGAAGGAUUUUUUUAAUAACUAGUGGAUUUUAAAGCACCACACAGGGUGUCAGAUUUUGCCAUAGAAUAUGAGCAUGACAGAACAUGUUCUUUAGGAAAUUAAUAUUAUUUCACAUGUGCACAUAUUAACUGCCACUCACUCACAAGUCCUGAAGUACAGAUUCAAUGACCAGGAGUUGUGCACGCAGCUGCCAUUGGGAAACAAAACAUAUGGAGAGGCAAAGAAUGGCACAUGGUGCUGGAUGACAUUCACGUGCUCUCACGGGUUAAUGCUGUGGCAAGACUGAGCUGACAAAUGCGUCACUUUUUAAACAUAUUUUUUAAAAAACUGUAAAGCAGUCUGUAUGUUGCAUAAUGUUAAAGCAGCAUAAAAAGGCAAUAUCCAAUUGUUUUUUUUGUUUUUUUUAUCAGUUUACAAGGUGCUCAGCGUAAAAACAAGGAUGUCUUCCCUGAUGUUUUCGCUGUUACUAAAUUUGAAAUUUCAUGAUCCAAUCAGGAAAGAAGGGCAGACCCACAAGUUUGGUACUGAUCCCAUUUGCUGCAAAACAACUGUACCUAUUCUGACUCAAAAAUAGGUAAGGAGAUAUUUGUUUGGGUAAAAAAGGCUCCAAAUCCACUGUGGUAUUUUUUUAUUUAUUUCACCUUACUGUUUAUUUUAUUUUAUUUUACAAAAAAAAGUGCUUAAUGAUGGUGAUGGUGUCUUCUAAAUGUACUGGUUAGACCAUACUUUUAACAGUAUGUUAAUGUCUACAAUCUUAGCAUCUUGUUUCUGAAAAACACUAUAUUGGCAAAGUAUUCACUCACCCAUCCAAACCAUUGAAUUCAGGUGUUCCAAUCACUUCCAUGGCCACACUUGUAUAAACCAAGCACCUAGGCAU